AUGUUCAAUCGGAGCAAUCUUCCAUCAGUUCCCAAUCCCUUUGGGUCUGGUGGCAAACGGCCCCCACAGCAAGGCUAUUCGAACCCUAACCAAGCACCGCCACGGUAUGACAACAGCCUCGCCCCCGUAUCCAGCGCUGGUGAUUCCCGCGAUUACGAUGUGCCCAUGACUGAUGCUUUUGCUACAACAAGGGGAUAUGGAGCACCUCCGCCAUCGAUGGGAAGACCUCCGCAGCAAAUGCCUGCUCGGCCUCCAUCCGGACGGCCAGCCGGAGGUCAGACCUGGAUGCUCAACCCAGCGAAGAGCCCUAACGAGAACUACACUUUCGGUAACCUCGUUGCCGUAUCACCCCAGGACAUUCCCACCUCCCGAGAUGGCACCGACGUCCUCGUCCUCAUCAAUGACAUCUAUGUCUUCUCCGCUCGCCCUCUCGAAGGCUUCCCUCCUGGACUUAUUGGCAUGUCAGAUCCCCAGCGCACAUGGGCGAACAUUGGUAUGAGAGAUGCCGUUAAAGUACAGCUGUAUGAUCCUUUCAGCCAAGGUGGUCAGGCCUACUUGGGAUCUGCGGAUAUUGAAGUUAGCUUUGCGUCUGUUAAGAAGCGCGUGGAGACCGCAUAUGAUCAAGAUGAAUUGACAAAUGCCGUUAUUAGACACUUUGAAAACCAAUUAAGCAUUCCGCUUCUUCUUCAUGUCAAGACGGUACAGCGUGUGGAUCUUACAUCGGAGAAGCCUGACCUUUCAUCUGGUGAAAUCGAGACCGAUCCUUUGGCGCGAGGAAUUGUCACCCGCCAUACCCAGUUGAACUUCUUCAAGGAUUCCCAAUCCGGAAUCAAUGUUAAGCCUUCAAACCGCCGCCCCGCUGCGAACUCAAUCAUUCAACCUGGCUUCAAAUUUGAGGAUAUGGGAAUUGGCGGUCUGGACUCCGAGUUCAGCACCAUUUUCCGUCGUGCCUUUGCUUCUCGCAUUUUCCCUCCAGGUCUCGUUGAGAAGCUCGGAAUUCAGCACGUUAAAGGUCUUUUGCUCUAUGGCCCCCCCUGGUACCGAGAGCCCAAGAUCAUCAACGGCCCUGAGGUCUUGAACAAAUAUGUCGGUCAAUCUGAAGAGAACAUCCGAAAGAUGUUCGCAGAUGCCGAAAAAGAGUUCAAGGAGAAAGGUGACGAGAGUGGUCUCCACAUUAUCAUCUUCGACGAGUUGGACGCUGUGUGCAAGCAGCGUGGCAGCGGUGCAGGUGGUGGUACCGGCGUUGGUGACAGCGUGGUUAAUCAGCUAUUAUCCAAAUUGGACGGUGUUGACCAGCUCAACAACAUUUUGCUGAUCGGAAUGACCAACCGAAUGGAUAUGAUCGAUGAGGCGUUGCUGCGUCCCGGCCGUCUCGAGGUCCACAUGGAAAUCUCGCUUCCUGAUGAGAAGGGUCGAAGUCAGAUUCUCAAUAUUCACACAGAGAAGAUGCGAACAAACAAUGUUAUGGAUCACGACGUGGACCUGGAAGAGCUUGCGCACUUGACCAAGAACUUCUCCGGUGCUGAAAUCGCGGGUCUAGUCAAGUCCGCUUCGUCGUUUGCCUUCUCUCGCCAUGUCAAGGUUGGCACGAUGGCCAGUAUCAACGAUGACGUAGUUAACAUGAAGGUCAACCGAGCUGACUUCCACCGAGCCCUUGAAGAAGUCAAGCCCGCAUUUGGUGUCUCUGAGGAGGAGCUUUCCAGUCGCAUCCAGUAUGGCGUCAUUCACUACUCGAAUGUCAUCAAGGAGAUCAUGCGUGAGGGUGAGCUAUUUGUCAAGCAAGUUGGGCAGGCUGAAGCCACCCCGCUCUUCUCUGUGUUGUUGCAUGGCCCUCCUGGCAGCGGAAAGACCGCCCUCGCUGCUCGAAUUGCCAUCGACUCUGGCUUCCCCUUCAUCAAGUUGAUCAGCCCCGAGGACAUGGUUGGCUUCAGUGAGCCGGCGAAGAUCUCGCACAUCAGCCGAAUCUUUGACAGCGCCUAUAAGAGUCAAACCAGUAUUGUUGUGAUUGACAACAUCGAGCGAAUUAUCGACUGGGUGCCCAUCGGCCCCCGCUUCAGCAACAGUGUGCUUCAGGCCCUAAUGGUCUUCCUCCGGAAGCAGCCUUCGCACGGCCGCCGCCUGCUGGUUCUGGCCACGACCACCGAGCGUGCUUUGAUGAAGCAGUUGGAUGUUUACAAUUCAUUCAACUCGGAUAUCAUGGUUCCUAACGUUAGCUCCUUUGGCGAGCUGCGUUAUGUCAUGGAGCAGUCCGGCGCCUUUGAUGCCCGGGAAAUAGCUCAGGCUCUUGAAAGAGUCGGUGGUUUGGCUGAGGAUGGUCGACUCAGUGUUGGUAUCAAGAAGGUUCUGCUUGGCAUUGAGACAGCCAAGCAGGAUGUUGAUAAGGUGGGCCGCUUUGUUCGUGUGAUCAACCGGGCGAUCGAGGAGCAGGCCUUCUGA